GAUUUUGGAGAUCGUUGCCUCUCUUCUUUCUAGUAGCCCUGUGGACAUACUGAGGCUGAUGAAGAUCGCCUUCAUGAGAGUCUUGAUCCAGGUGGCUGCCUCGCUGGGUUGGCCAGAUGAAGCUCUUCAUGAUGAGUUGGUUCGUGGCUUUCGCAUUACAGGGCUGCAGGAUGCAAGUGGUGUCUUUGGUCUUGAUCCUCGGCCGGCUUCGGGUACCAAGGAGGACUUGCUGAAGCAGUCGAAGCAUCUCAGGCCGGCUUUGUGGGCGAAGAUCAAAGGAGCCCCUCUGGACUCUCUGGGGCGCGAGCUGUGGGACAUUACUUAUGCUGAGUACCUAGAUAAAUCUUGGCUUGAGGAGCCGAGGACCUUCUCUCAGCUUGAGCAAAUGAUGCCGGAGGGUUGGGUUCCAACUCGCCGCUUUCCUGUGGUACAGCANNGUGGGACGAAUGGAGCGUGCAGUACUCUGGAUAAGCUUGAUCUUCGGGCCUUGGACGAGACGGUCUUUACGGCUAUGCUGAUCAUGCGCUGUCUGGAGUCCCGUUGCUUUGCUUUGAGGUUGGACGAUGGUCGCGUUCUUCGAGGGCGCGUUCAUCCCUACUGGCUGCAGCAUCCAGACAGGGCUCGUGUGCUUGUUAAGACGGUGGACCUUAAAUCUGCCUACAAACAGCUCGCUUUGCAUCCGGAUGACAGGAGGUUCAGCGUGAUCUCUUUGAAAGAUCCGGCUGAUGACGAGCCCAAGGGUUUCUUGUGUCGGGUGUUGCCUUUCGGCAGCAUCGCAAGUGUUGGACACUUCAACAGGGUGGCGCGUUUGGUGCAACGAAUCUUUCACGAGAUGAAAUUGCUUGCUGCAAAUUAUUUUGAUGACUAUCCUUUGCUGGAGGUGGCUGAGCUGAGCCAGAACGCUGAUCGGUGUGCCAAAGCAGUUCUUGACCUUUUUGGUUUUACGUGGGCCAAAGACAAGGAUGAGGCCUUCUCCCCCUGCACGGAUCUUCUUGGUGUCAG